AUGGAGGUGAACUAUGAGGAGUUGGAGAAAGUACUUGUCGGAUCUGACCCUGAGAGGUUUUUUCAAAUUGGUUCGGAACUACCACCCCAGGAGAAGUCAGCACUGACUGCUUUCCUCCGACUGAAUGUAGAUGUGUUUGCUUGGGACCCCUAUGAGGCCCCCGGGGUCGACCCAGGUUUCAUCUGCCACCGCCUUAAUGUGAAUCCGGCUAUAACACCUAAGAGGCAGGCUCCUCGACGACCGUCGAAAGAGCAUACCGACGCCGUGAGGGAAGAGGUCGUAAGAUUGAAGAAGGCAGGGGCUAUCAAAGAGAUGGGUAAAAGCGUUGAAGUGUACAUAGACGACAUGGUGGUUAAAAGUAAGUUGGUUCCCGACCAUAUUGAAGACCUCGGCAACGUUUUUCAAAUACUGAGAAAGUAUAAACUACGGCUGAACGCAACCAAAUGUUCAUUUGGAGUGGGAUCAGGAAAAUUCUUAGAUUAUAUGGUGACUCACAGAGGCAUUGAGGUUAACCCUGACCAAAUAAGAGCCAUCCAUAGCUUGCAGCCUCCUUGGAAUCCUAAAGAGGUCCAGAAGUUUACUGGUAUGAUAGCUGCUUUAAACCGUUUCAUCUCGCGCUCAGCAGAUAGAUGCAGGCCAUUUUUUCUCCUAUUACACAAGUGGAAAGGAUUUGAGUGGAAUGAGGAGUGCGCUAUAGCUUUCCAACAGCUAAAGGAAUACCUCGCCCAACCACCGAUCAUGUCCAGUCCCGAUGCCGACGAGGUUUUGUAUGCCUACAUCGCAGUAGCCCCACAUGCAGUAAGCUUGGUGCUAAUCCGAGAGGACAACGGCACACAGCGACCGGUCUACUACGUUAGCAAAUCACUGCAGGAUGCAGAAACCCGUUACCUUCCCCUCGAAAAGGCUAUCUUGGUCAUCGUACAGGCCACACGAAAGCUUCCUCACUACUUUCAAGCACACACUGUUGUAGUGUUAACUCAACUCCCCUUAAAGUCCAUCCUACGCAGCGCCGAUUACACAAGCAAAAUUGUGAAAUGGGGAACGAUUUUGGGCGCCUUUGACAUUAGAUACAUGUCUCGUACCGCUGUAAAAGGCCAGGUCCUCGCCGACCUAGUGGCAGAAUUUACGGAGCCCACACUAGAAGGAAAAGAAAUAUCGGUAUUACUAGGGGCUGAUGAAAGGGUGAUCAGCACAGUUUCUCCGCAUGGACACACUUGGUGGAAAGCAUACAUUGAUGGCGCAGCGAAUCAAAGGGGCUCAGGGUUAGGGCUUGUCCUGCACUCACCUGAAGGGAUAACCAUAGAAAAGUUAUUGAGACUCGGAUUUUCAUCCACGAACAACGAGGCCGAAUAUGAGGCGCUAUUGGAAGGAAUGCGGAUGAUCUGGAAAAUGGGGGGGAAAGCCGUGGACAUAUUCUCGGAUUCGAGACUCAUUGUGGGACAGGUAAAUGGAGACAUGGAGGCAAAGGACGAGAGAAUGAAAGAGUAUCUGGUUCGGGUUAAGUACCUGCAGACCUAUUUUCAUCACUUCCGCUUAACGCACAUACCCAGAAGUGGGAACACCCACGCCGAUUCUCUCGCGAUGUUGGCUACCUCCUCGGCUCAACCCCUUCCUCGAGCCAUUUUGGUAGAAGAGCUCAUUCGUCCUUUAACAGAGAAAGCCAAUGGGAUUAGAGUACAUAACAUCAGGACUGGACCGAGCUGGAUGGACCCUAUAGUGCUGUACUUGAAGCACGACACCUUGCCGGAUGACAAGGUUGAGGCUGACAAAAUCAGGAGAAAAGCUACUCGAUUCUGGUUGUCGGAGGACUCCAAGCUUUACCAACGCUCAUUCUCGGGCCGUAUUUACUGUGUGUGCACCCAGAGGCUAUUGAACUCAUCCUGGAAGAGUUACACGAAGGAAUUUACGGAAGUCACACGGGGGGUAGGUCUUUGUCUCACAGAGCCUUAA